AUGAGCGAAAACGACGCUCCGCCGACUUUUGAGCACAAACUACAACUUAUGGACCCUUCAAGAACCCUCAUCAGCCCACCACCUGAAGAAGAGCUACAGCGGAAUGUAUUCGGGGUCCCCAGGAGCAAUAGCUCUGUCCAACCGAAGCGCAAGCGCAACGGAGCUGAAGCCACGCCCACGAAGGAAACUACUCCCAAUCCCAAGCCACGAAAGGCCCAUCGCCGCCAAACAUCUAUCCUAUCCGAGGCAGAGUCUCCUACUCGCGCUGCCUUCUUGCGCUCCAAGAAUCCCAAUGCGGACUGGCUCCCUGUUUCCAAUAGCAGUCGGCGCAGCGUCACCCCAUACGAACCGCCGACCGAUGUCUUCAAACCUCCCCAGGAAGUUAUCCGACAAACACCCGUCCAAACCCAGAAAUCCCGCCCCCGACAACGUACUACUACUCCCCAGCCUCGAUUAACUACUCCAUUGCGGGUGGUUGUCCAGACCAGCAUCAAGAAGGAGAUGCCACCAAUAAAUCUCUCGCGAGCUAUGGAACCUCCUAGCCCCACAGACGACCCUCUCCUUCUUCUACCUUCUUCGUCCCCAGUCAGAUCGAGUCGCAAUGUGGAACCAUCGUCCGACUUGUCUGUGUUCGAUUGGACUAGGACUCCGACCGUUGACAUAACUCACCUUCCAACAAGCGACUCAAUGGAUAUGGAAUUAGAUCAACCCGAGCUCUUCGAUGUACAGUUGCCAGUCGCUGGACCCGCUCCAUCGGGCUGGGAUUCAGAUUCGGACGAAGAAGAAGAUGUCAGACGAGAGCAAGAAGAUGAGGGAAAUCUUCCUCUGCCCUCUAUACUAUCCACACAACCCCAACAAAUUCGGUAUUCCGCCUCUCCGGGCCCACGGACCUCAUUAUCUCUGGCGGAUUUCCUUCCAGUUCGUUCGCAGACCACCCCACCACGUGCCCGCUCCCGCCCCAUUUCAGCGUCUCCCGCCCCGGUUCCACCACCAACCACUCCGCCUGCAGCCCGUCGCGCAUCUCCACCAUCAACUCCACCUGCAGUCAACGAGUCAUAUACCACUCUCCUUCGCCGCACCAAACUUGAUCCUCCAACUCCCGAAACCAAAGCUCGCUCGGAUGCCUGGGGUAUUUGGGGGAGCCCAUAUCCUGGGAGAGGUGCCGACGGAGAGGGGAGCUUCCGAAUGGAUGGUAGUUUCAGGCGUGGAAGGAUGUUGGGCGAUUUGAGCAACAGCCAAGAACAGGAGCCUUCAUUUGAUGAAGAUGAAGAUGAAGAAAUGGAAGAGGGCGUGAGUUUCUUGCGAGCGCUGAGGGAAGAGGACGCAGCACGUGCUGCUCAAGAGCAAGAACAAGAUAUGGAGGAAGAGAAAGUUGAGCGAAUGAGCGUCGAACCUGAAGAUGAAGACGAUCAACGUGACCCGGAACUAUUGCCACAAACCAUAGUUUCCCAAAUACCGCUGCAUUUCCAGUUCGAGUCCAUUCACUCGCCUGACUCUCCCAUCCCCCAAGCCCCUCCUAUUCCACAAGCUCCAAUCGUCCCCCCACGUUCACAAGCUCCCAUUAUUUCGCCACACUUACAUUCGGCGAAUAACUCUGUCAUCCAUCAGUAUAUACCAGUCGAUCCCGAUUCUAGUGCAGAGUCAACAUCAAGCCUUAGUCCGGGACCAAGUGUAUUCACCGGUCGCGGAACACGUCGACCAUCCGAAGUUUCUGGCUAUGUUAAUGCUGGCAAAGAAAUCUACAAUAUAUUGAGUGGCGCUGAAUCAGGAGAUGUUGAGGUCGAGGAAGGAGGUGAUUCUGAAGACGAUUCAGAUCCAGAUCUCCUUGGGCUUGUCAAGAUAACCAGUUCCGAUCCUCGUGCAGCUGCUCGAGCGGCUGCGAUCCUGAAGCAGCACGAUUAUGAUUGUUUCACGCGUCUGCGGGACAAAGACAAGCACCGACGGCAUUCAUUUGCGGGAGUCAGCAAAAGCAAAGUCGCUUCGUCACCUGUGAAACGCAAAGUUCAGGAUCUUAACGAGCUGAGAGCGAGAGCAAGUGCAGCCCGAGAAGCAGAGGAGAAGCAAAAGCGGGCCAGGCGACAAUCAGCCAGAGUCGUUGGCGAGCGCGUGUACUUCCCAGGAAGCCCUGCACCCGUCACAACGGCCGAAUUACUUGCAGAAGCAGAACAGGAGGUUGUCAGUCUUGGAAUCUCGCCAGUAAGGACCAGGAAGUCGAUCGGUGAUUCUGUCUCGUUCUUGGGCUCAAGCAGGUCUACAUCAAACGCCAAACAACUGCCGCGUUCUGGUCGAAGAAGCUCGCUGGCUCAGGAAGUUCCCUUGCCAGACUCGGACGAUGAGGAUGCAAAUCAACACGAUCGUGAAUGGACGAAAGCAGACUGGAAAGCUCUUGACGCAUGCUUCACUGAUGAGCGCAUUGCAGUUGCGGAGCGUCUUGGUAUGGUGUUAAAUCUUUCGGUGGCCCCUCCUCCGGUAUCUUCGAAAUCUUCGUUCAGCACACCUGUCAAGCGGCCUCAAGUGGAAACCACUGACGGUCCUGCGGUUAUGAUGGCAUCCGCUGACGCGGUGGAUCUCGUGGCUGUAGUGAGACGAUUCGAGGAUCGGAUGGGCGGGAAGGAGGUAUUGAAGAGCUGGGGGGAUGCAUGGGACGAAGGCACUCUCACCGACCGGGUUCGCGCCUUGCAGAAUAAACAACGGGCUGGUCAUGUUGCACCGCCUACACCUCGUGCGAAGGCGAGUAUACUGGACGAAACUCCCCUUUCGAAGCGCCACCCGACCAUGCAAGUACCUGACUUCACUCCUCUCGGGAAACGAGCUAUGCCACCAUCGCGACAACCACGAUUGCCAGCGGCGGUACAAGGUGGUUUAUUCAGCAACUUGCCACCUACACCUGAGGUUGCAAAGAAGAGAAGAGUACCCGGCUCUCUAUUAGCGCCGCGAUACUCGCAUUUGCUAGAAGAGGCGAGGAAUGUUGCUGGACCGUCUUCAUCAGUGGCUGUGCAUGAAGAAGGUCCAGAGGAAGAAGACCGAGUGGAGGAAAGCGAACAGUCUAGUUUCGAGGAAGGUGAAAGCUUUGUCUCCGAUGGAGAUGCAGAGAUGGUCCCCGCCACUCCGCUUCGUGCAGAGCGGAAUCGGUUGGAGGAUGCACCCGUGGCCCCAACUACCAUCGGAAAACGCGUCAAAGGCUUCAUAUUCUCGUAUCUUCCAACCAUGGCCAAGACUGCGCCUCCUGCUCCACCUCGUACUGGCCUUAUGCACAACCGACCCGGGCUCCCACUUCCUCCGCUGGAGGUCUUGCAGAAACCACGCGGUCCCGUGACCACUCCGGCGCGUCCCCCGUUACCCAAGACCACGGCGCCGAAAGAACUGGUCACACUCCAGCCCGCUCCUGCACCUCCGCCCAAGACGAUGAUACCCCGAAGAGCCCCACCACAGAGGAUGAAGGAACUCAAGCACGUAUCGCCGCCGCCCGCAGAACCUGUUGAGCGGUUUGGACCACGACCUAGAACCGCUAGCGGAGGGAGUGUCAAGGAUCUGGUGAAGAACUUUGAAGCGCUGGACAGCACCAAAGGCAAGGCGGAGGUGAAGCGGGUGAGGAGUGUCGGAAAUUUGGGGGGAAAGGAUACUGGCGCUGGACGUCGACCGGCUUGGAGGUGA